AUGUCACAGGCUGGGGAUGACAGCUUACGGGCCAUGUUCCAGGGGGGAAAUCCUCCCUCCGGGCCUUUGGUGAAGAGGCUUUGGCCGACGAAGCAGGCUGUUGGGACAUCCUCUUUGUCCCCGGCUAAGGGGAAAAAUCCAGGCCCUUCUUCCAAUGAAAAGGUGCCUCCACCUCCUCCUGCCGCAAAGGAGAUGCCUCCACCUCCACCUCAACCUCCCGUCCUUGCUCGGGAAAAGGAGGCAGCCACUGGGACAUUGCCAACUACGCCCCCCGAGGGACUCAUCACUGUUAGUCAUGCUCAACAUCGAGCAGUUAACUAUAAGGAACUGGUCAAGGUCUUAAAUGAUCAAUUGGUGGAAGCCCAGGCAAAGAUUUCAAUUCUGACUAAGUCUAAGAAAGAUCUCGAAGAAAAGACUGAGCAAGGAAAGAAAGCAGUUGCUAACCACGAUAGACCUGUGAAGGAGUUGGCUGAUGAGAACAACAAGAAAAUCUAG